UUUUAAUUAGAAGUUUGAAUGAACUUAAAACAUGGUGUAAACGAAGAGAAAUGGGGGAUUUAAAUAGAAAAACUCUCUUCUUUACGCAAGAAUGAUAAUUCUGCUAUUAGUUCACAUUAAUGCCAGGAUUAAAAUAACCAAUAACAAGCACACCAACUAUUUAUUGUAGCCUCCAAGCAUCCCCAGAAUCAUGUAGUUGCUAUCAGCUAUAGCUCCCAAAAAAAAUCAAAGGAGAUGGUGAAGCAGGAAAACAGUGAUGAGGCUGAAGCAGUUGCUCAUCCACUCUUGCAGGACCUGAAGUCCUUGGAAGGUCAAAAUUCAUCAUCAUCAGAAAAAGGCGCUUCAUUUUCUGGGGCUGUCUUCAACAUCUCAACCACAAUGAUUGGAGCUGGGAUCAUGUCAAUUCCAGCAACCAUCAAGGUCCUAGGCAUAGUUCCUGGGUUCAUUCUCAUAUUGUUGGUGGCCUUGGUUGUGGAGGUCACAGUGGAGUUCUUGCUCAGGUACACAAACUCAGGCGAGUCUUCUACCUAUGCUGGCAUGGUGGGUGAGUCUUUUGGACCCUGGGGUUCCAUUGCUGUGCAAAUUUGUGUCAUCAUCACCAACCUUGGCUGCCUCAUCAUUUAUUUCAUUAUCAUUGGGGAUGUUCUAUGUGGAAGUCAGUCUGGAGGAACCUUGCACUUUGGUAUUUUACAAGAAUGGUUUGGCAUCCACUGGUGGAAUUCUCGUGCUUAUGCGCUUCUCUUCAUUGCACUCUUUGUGAUGCUUCCAUUAGUCUUGUCACGCCGAGUAGAUUCACUAAGGCACACUUCAGCAGUGUCCAUUCUGCUAGCAGUGGUUUUUGUUGUCAUAUGUUCUGCAAUGGCAAUUUACGCAUUGUGCAAAGGGAAGACUCAGAAACCGAGACUAUUUCCGGAUUUUGCACAUCAAGUCUCAGUAUUUGAUCUUUUCACCACGAUCCCAAUUCUUGUGACAGGUUUUGGAUUCCAUGUCAAUGUUCAUCCAAUUCGAGCAGAGCUUGGUAAACCUUCUGAUAUGAGAUCAGCUGCUCGGAUUUCUCUUGUGAUCAGCAUCAUCAUUUACUUUUCUAUUGGUUUCUUUGGCUACCUAUUGUUUGGCGAUUCGGUAAUGGAUGACAUACUAGUAAACUUUGAUCAAAGUUCCGAUUCCACAAUUGGGCAGAUAAUCAAUGACAUUGUUCGACUGAGCUAUGCAGUUCACCUCUUGUUUGUGUUUCCUAUUAUGAACUUUUCCUUAAGGGCCAACAUAGAUGAACUGCUUUUCCCAAAUAAGCCUAUUUUGGCCCAAAGCACCUCAAGAUUUCUGUCCCUCACUUUUGUGCUGCUCUCCUUUACAUACAUUGUGGCAAUAGCUAUCCCAAGCAUAUGGUACUUCUUUCAGUUCAUGGGAUCCACUACCAUAGUUUGCCUCUCAUUUAUAUUCCCAGCUGCUCUCAUUCUUAGGGAUGGGCAUGGUAUAUCAACAAGAAGGGACAAGAUAAUUGCAAUAUUGGUGAUUAUUUUGGCUGUGGUGACAAGCUCAAUUGCAAUGUCUACCACUCUGUACAAUUCAGCUCAAAGCUAGCCAUCUUAUUAUCAUAAACUGCUUUGCUACACUUGAAGUCAAAGAGGCUGAACUUGGCAGAUUAGGCAUGGGUUUUUGAAAGCCACACAAUCUGCUUCAGAGUAUAAUACAUUGUACACGUAUUUGUUCUACUGUUACAGACUAUGGAAUUCAUCAAAUUUGUCUUCGCUGUAAUUAUCUUCGGCAAUAAAUCUGCAGUAACUUUGAGACAUCAA